AUCCUCAUGUCCGGAACACUAGUCAUCCAAAAGGGAAGGAGAGAACACUAGUCGUCCAAGAGGGAAGGAUCGGAGCAGAACACACUCAGCGAAGAUGUUGAGUAGCAUACUGGUGAUUGGCGGGACGGGGAUGAUCGGGCAGCACCUCGUGACGGCGAGCCUUGACGCCGGCCACCCAACGGCCAUUCUCGUCCGGCCGGCAACCGCCGACGCCGACGCCGACAAGGCAAAGCUCAUGGAGGCUUUCGAAAGCUGUGGCGCCAGCCUUGUCUAUGGGGACAUCAAUGAGCACGAAGGAUUGGUGGCCGCAAUCAAGCAAGCAGAUGUGGUGAUCUCCGCCGUCGGUCACUCCUCGCCGGAAGAGGUGGAGAGCCAGCUCAAGAUUGUCGCUGCUAUACAAGAAGCUGGCGGAGUUCAGCGGUUUCUACCGUCGGAAUAUGGCUGUGACGUGGAGCUAGCGAAGCAGAUGCUGGAGCCUGCAAGGAGCAUUUUAGGGGCUAAACUUCGAGUUCGUGAAGCUGUCAGAGCUGCAGGGAUCCCUCAUACCAUCAUCUCUAGCAACUGGAGUCAAGGGUUCUUGCUGCCAAGGGCCGGAAACCCGGAAGCAAACGGUCCUCCGGACAACAGUGUGACGAUCUUCGGUGACGGAAAACUACAAGUGUUCUUUGUAAACGAGAAGGAUAUGGCCGCGGUGGCCAUGAGAGCCGUGGAAGACCCACGCACACUUAACAUUGUUAACAAGAUACUACAUUUGCGGUCUCAGGAGAAUCUAUGUUCUCUGGACAAGCUUGUCUCACUUUGGGAGAAUAAAAUUGGCAAGACCCUUAAGAAAACCUAUAUUCGAGAAGAAGAGCUCGUGAAGAAAGUACAAGAGUCCCAAUUCCCUCUUAAUUUUCAACUGGCCGUGGUACACGCGACGCUCGUGGCCGGGGAAGCAAAGCUGACUGCGAAGACCACCACCAACGGCGCAUCCUCUUCUAAGGGGGUGGAGGCGACGGAACUGUACCCAGACAUGAACUGUAUGACUGUGGAGCAGUACCUAGAUAGUCUGCCAUGAUGGGCCGCUGGGCCGAGCCCCAUGUGUGCCGGUGCAAACUUGUGCUGGGCAUUCUGCAUUCCCACUUAUCUUUAUUGUAAUGUUCGGAUAUCUUCUUCUGUAUUGUUGAAUGUCACACCAUGAAUCUAUUUUUUGGUA